AUGUUCAAAGGCUUAAAGUCGAAAUUAGAAGAUGAGGCGAAGAAAUUGCAAGCCUCAGUUCAACAGUACAGCGAGCAGGUCGUCGCUCAAGUCGGACAAUAUAGAGGCGCCAUGGUUCGUAAUUGAUUUAUAUGUCUUUUUUUAAGGUUUGAAGAAUUUUUCAAAAAGUUGAAAAAAUUCCAGAGCGACGCCGGCAGUGAAGCUGGCGCUUCCGUGUCGCGUCGGUUCCAAAAUAAUUCGACCCCGGUUCCAGAAGAAAAAAAGUUUUCGAUCCUUUCGCAGAACAAUCGGUUUGUUCCAUUAUUUUCUCAAAUAAUGUAAAAAUUGCGGUUUCCAGCUUGAAACUCUGAAAAAUCUUCUAGUUUUAAUAAUUAUCAUGUUAAAAAAAGUUGCUUUAGGUUUUUUUGCUUUUUUUAGGGUUUUUAAGAGGUCCAAGGUUUACUAAGAACUCUCAACUUUUUUAAUUUUAUAAUUUGUUUUUCAAGUUUAUUUUUACCUUCAAAAAGUAUUUUCAAAUGUCUCUGUCUAUUCUGCCCCUGAAAUUCUGAAUUUUUAAGGUCUGAAAGCUUUUUCAUCAACUCUGGAGCUUACUUGAUUUUGAAAUUUGUUCCAAAGUUUUUUUAUUUUAUUCGAAAAGUAUUUUUAAAUGUCUUUGUACGUUCUCUUUCUGAAUUUCAAUGAUUUUAAGCCUUGAUCAUCAUUUUUUUCAACAAAAACAAAUCUUUCAAAAAUCAAAAAUUUCUAGCCCGGAGUAAGCGCAAUAAUGCCAGAAGUGGCCGAGGCUGACCUCCUCGGCCUCGGAGUUGGUGCUGAACCCAGGGCUCGUCGUCAUUCUGAAGAUUCGAAUCAUAGUAAUGAGAGGUUCCUAUUGAAUUUUUCAUUCAAAUCAAAAUUUAUGAAUUCCAGUGCAUUUUCAUCCGCUUUCCCUCCAUUAACCAACGCGUUUGGCAAUAAUUUGGAAAGGAUUCCCUCGGAUACGGAGUCGACGUGCAGCGAAUUUUCAGCUAGAUCGCCUCAGGAUUUGGUUUAACUCCAUGAAAAAAUAAAGAAAAAAUAAAAGUUUUUCAGAGCUCAUCCUCUUCUCAACAGCUUCAAAAGCGACUUUCCAAUUAUAAAGCCAAAUAUAGAGAUGUCGUGAAACGACAUAAUGCGAUUGUGGAGGAAAACGAGCGAUUUAAGGUUGGUUCUUAUAUUUUUUUCGAAGAAAAAUUUGAUGGUUAUAUUGAAGAAGGGGCUUUUAGAACGUGUAUAUGACAUAUUUCCUUCGGUUUUUUCGAUUUAUUUCAUUCUUUGAUAACUGUCUACAGAAUUUGAAGGCUCCAGCCAAAUAAUACAUGAAAAUAAGAGACUUAGACAUCUCCACAGUUUUUUUUUCUCAAGUAUUGAGCAAAUUUGUUUGAAUGAGCGUUUUAAGGUUCAUUUUUAUUUUUAUUUUUUUCGAAGGGAAUCUGAUGGUUAUAUUGAAAAAAAGAGGCUUUUAAAACUUUUAUAUGACAUUUUUCCUUCGGUUUUUUCGAUUCGUUUCAAUCCUCCUUGAUUUUCCACAGUAUUCGAAAGAUCCCAGCGAAAUAGUAUACGAAACGAAGAGACUUAGACAUCUCUACAGUUUUUUUUUCCUUAAGUAUUGAGCAAAUUUGUUCAAAUAAGCGAUUUAAGGUUGGUUUUUUUAUGUUUUUUUCAAAGAGAAUUUGAGGUGUAGAUUGAAAAAAAGGGGGCUUUUUAGAAGGUCUAUAUGACAUUUUUUUCCUUGGGUUUUUUUCGAUUUAUUUCAUUCCUUGAUAACUUUAAACAGAAUUUGAAGGCUCCCAGCCAAAUAAUACAUGAAAAAUAAGAGACUUAGACAUCUCCACAAUUUUUUUUUUCCUUAAGUAUUGAGCAAAUUUGUUUGAAUGAGCGAUUCAAGGUUCGUUUUUUUUUUUCGAAGGGAAUCUGAUGGUUAUAUUGAAAAAAAGAGGCUUUUUAAAAACUUUUUAUAUGUCAUUUUUUUCCUUCGGUUUUUUUCGAUUCGUUUCAAUCCUCCUUGAUUUUUCCACAGUAUUCGAAAGAUCCCAGCGAAAUAGUAUACGAAACGAAGAGACUUAGACAUCUCUACAGUUUUUUUUUCCUUAAGUAUUGAGCAAAUUUGUUCAAAUAAGCGAUUUAAGGUUGGUUUUUAUGUUUUUCAAAGAGAAUUUGAGGUGUAGAUUGAAAAAAAAGGGGCUUUUAGAAGGUCUAUAUGACAUUUUUCCUUGGGUUUUUUCGAUUUAUUUCAUUCCUUGAUAACUUUAAACAGAAUUUGAAGGCUCCCAGCCAAAUAAUACAUGAAAAUAAGAGACUUAGACAUCUCCACAAUCCUUAAGUAUUGAGCAAAUUUGUUUGAAUGAGCGAUUCAAGGUUCGUUUUUUUUUUUCGAAGGGAAUCUGAUGGUUAUAUUGAAAAAAAGAGGCUUUUAAAACUUUUAUAUGUCAUUUUUCCUUCGGUUUUUUCGAUUCGUUUCAAUCCUCCUUGAUUUUCCACAGUAUUCGAAAGAUCCCAGCGAAAUAGUAUACGAAACGAAGAGACUCAGACGUCUCCACAGUUUUUUUUUGCCUCCAGUAGCAAAUUUUUCUGAAUCAGUAGGAUUUCUUGGAGCAUUUUAUGAGUUUUUUUGAAGAUUCUAGAAUUGCGUUUUUCUUUCUUUUUUUCGAUUUAUCUGACAAGCUAAAAUUUUUUUCUAUUCGCUUAGAAUUUUCGAUGAGUUUUAGAAAAAGCUUAUCGAGAUAAUAGGGAAAUUGUCAAAUUAAAAUUAUAUAAAGCCUCAUAGAAACGUAUACGAAUCUGGAAAACUUUUUUUUUUGAUUUUGGCUUCAAACUUUUUCUUAACGUUUUUUUAUCGAUUUGGCGAAACGUGAAGACUUUUUCUGCUCAAAAAAGAAAGGCGCCAUAAAAACUUCGAAGUUAAUGUAUUGCCCUUUUUUUUUUUGAACAUUGGCUUAUAUUUUUUUUCGUUUUAUCAGUUCACAAAGAGAAGCAAAAAAUUAAAAAAUUCAAGUUUUUUUUACUUUUUAUUUUAUAUGUGGGUGUUUCCGUUCAAAUAAGUAGUUUGGGUUUUUUUAAUAUAACUUUUUUUCCUAAAUUGAAAUUUUCUAAAGGUUUCGGUUUUCGUAUAUUUGGGCUUAAACUCCAGUUUUUUUCUUGCUUUUUAUUCAUAAUAAUAGAAAUUUUUUUUACAAGUACAACAAAACAACAUGUAUAAAAAUCGUUUUAAAAGUGAAAAAUUGGCAUAUAAGCCUGAAAAAAAAUAAAUGAAAGCCCCUCAAGUGCCUCUGGGGGUUUCUUCAACCGUUGUAUGAAUUUCCUUUCAGUCGAUGCUCUCCAAAGCCCAAGACGACAUGCUGCAACGAGUUCAGAAGCUGAGAGACGAGAAAAAAGUCCUCAGCGAGAAACUUCGCCAAGUUUCCGAGAAACAGGAAGAUGGGCCUGAAAUUGAAGUUUUUCUAGGAAGAUCAUGUGAAAAAAUUAGAUUUUUUUCAGCAACUAAAGCAGAAAAUCGAGGAAUAUAAGGGAUAUUUGGAGAAAUAUCGGCUGAAAAUCAAGCAGAUGAAUGAGAAGGUUGGUUUUUACUGGAAAUAAAUCAGAAGAAAAAAAUUCAAAGUUUGAAAAAAAUAAAAAAAUUGUAACUCGGGCAAAAGUCGUAAUAGGGCAUAAUGGCCGUUAAAAGAGAGAGGCUCAAAAAAGGUUCAAAAAAGCCUCCAAAAAGGCUCAAAAAAGGUUCAAAAAAGCUCAAAAAAGGCUCGAAAAAGAAGGAGGUUCAUUGAGCAGAAAUCUCGAUUUUUGUACCCUUUUCUAUAACAAAACGUAGCAAUUUCAUCAUUUUUAGAAUAAUCAAAUAGUUUCGGAUCCUUUUCUACAGUCAUAAAAGCUCUUUGAAUUUUUAAAAUUGAACGAAAACGUAUUUUUUGAGUUUCUUUCCAAAAUACAGAUGGAUCUUAAUUUUAUCUAUUCCCGAUUUUUCCAGCAACCUUCUGAAGACCAAAAUGAAGUCGUACAAGAGCUCAAUGAGCGAAUCGCGAAAACUGAAGAAGAAUGGACCAAGAGAAUGAAUGAGGUUAUAUUCUUUAAUUACAGGUGUAAAUAAUUGAUAAUUAUUUAUUCAUUUAUUUCAGGCUUAAAUGUCAAUUUUUUCUUUUGUACAUGUUAUUUUUUUGUUCUGCCUGUAAAUAAAUAAUAUUAUUAUUAUUUUCAGACCGAAUCUCAACACGCUUUAUUGUUAGCGAAAACCAACGCCGAAAUGCACGCGGCGUUGGAAAAUAAAGAUGGAGAGGUUUGAAUUUUCGAGUUUCUAAUGCGGACAAUGUAUGGAAAUCUCAGCCAAGCUCGUUUUUUCGCUUCUUUUAACGAAAUUUUUGAAGAAUAGAUUUUAUUUAAUAUCUCAGUAGGAAAAAUUUGAAAAAAACUAAGUUCAUUUACAUUCAGUCCAGCAGAGCAAAAUAACGGAAAAGGCGCAUUUUAGUUCAGAAAUUAAAAAUACCGCUUUUUUUUUGGUAUUUCCUGUUUCUACGACAUUAUUCUAUGUCCAAAAAGUUAUUUUUUUUUUAUCAAUUAUUUUUUUGGUAUAGACCUCGAAAUCGAACAUUUUUAAAAAUAAGCGUUUUCAGUUUUCAAAAUUUAUUUUUUUAGUAUUACAAAAACAUUACAAAACAUCAUUUUCCGACCGAAAUUCCGUAAUAUUAAACUUUUAAUUCCGUUUUCUGAGACCAAGCUUCCAAAUAUCGAAAAAUUAUUUAAAAGGCAAGUUUGGUUUUGACGACUAUAAUAGCUUGUAUUCGAAGAGUUCACACAUAAAAAAACAAAUUUUAAAAAAAUCGCUUUUUUUCUUAAUUUUUUUCAUUGCGUCAAGCUCCUGUUUAAAACUUAACAACUUCAAAAAAAAAAGCGAAAAUUUUCGAAACUCCGAAUGUAUUCUUUAGAUACAACAAUGACUGAAGAAAUGCUCAUUUUUCAAGUUUUUGAGUUGAAAAAUUGCCAUGGACAAUUUCAAAACUCAGAAAUAAUCAUUUAGAUAGAACAGUGGCGAAAAAAAUGCUCAGUUUUGGAAAAACAAGACGGCGAAGCGAAUACCCGUUGGCAACAGAAAGUUGAUCAGCUCCAGGCCGUCGUCAAAGUUGGUUUUCAAGACGAUUUUUUUGAACUUGAAUGAAAAAAAGAAAAAAAUGAGUUCAGCUAACUUAUUUCUAAAUUUUUCUGUUGAAUUUCAGUAAGUUUUUGGGAAAGUAGGCUAUAUUUUAGGUUCCUUUACCCAAUUUUCACCGUUUUUCAACAGAAAAAACCGAGAUUCUGAAGAAAAUUGUCAUUUUAGGCCUUGGAAUCUGAGAAAAAUGAGAUGGUGGACAAGCUUUCUGAAGCCAAGCAACAGGGCGUUAAGGUAAGAUUUUCAUUUGAAGCUUAAAAUGUUAUUUUUUUGUGGAAAAAAAGUGUUUAAUCAUAAAAACCAUCAAACGUUCAAAAUUAUGAUCUUUUUUUGAAGAUUUUGACGUUUUUCUUAGCUAAAAUUAGAAAAAAAACAAGAUUUUCGAGUUUUUUGUAGAUUUCUGUUCGAAAAAUGUUGUAACUGCGUACUUGGAUGCAACUAAAUUAAGAUUUUUUUUCAAAAGUUUCUGAUUUUUUUCAACUCGAAGAUGAAGGACGGCUUAAUGAAGAUAAUCAUUUUAAGGCCGUCCUUGAAGAGGAAGAAAAACGGCGCCUGGAACUCGAAGCCAGAAUAGCCUCCUUGGAAGAAUCUUCGGCCGAAAGUUUGAAACUUUCAGAGCAGCAAAAUGAAGAAUUGAAGAGAAAGUUGGAGGAAGCAGUGAGUUUCGUGAAAAAUGGGAUAUAAAAUGAGUGAAUUUUGUGUAAAUAUCAAGGGCUCAGGUUUUGAUAAGUUUGAAUUAGGAGGGGAUUAUAGGUCUUGGAAGUUGGAUAACUCGAAAAGUUGUAGAUUGGAGUUGAAAAAGGGAAUUUUUUUUAAACGAAUGUGAAAGUUAAUAUUAUCAAAUAGAGUCAUACAUGGGUGGGACCUGAAAAAAAGGUGAGGGUAUUUGGCAAAAAAACGAGAAAAAUUGGGGAAUUGUGGGGGGUUGAUAAAAAAACCGUAAAAAGAAUUUUGACGUCCUCCGGCGUCAACCUGUUAUUCGAUAAAUCAACAAAAAAAUGUUUUUUCUCGAGGGAUGAGGGGGGACUUGGCUGACGUCAGUCAUGCUCAUCCCAUGUAUGAAUGGAGUAGUCAACAAAAAUCUACUAAACUUCAAUGAAAAAAUGCGAGCUCAAAAAAAAAUCAACUUAAAAACUGAAAAAAAGGUUUUUCGUGAAAGAUGGGUCCUUCAAAUCUCAAUUUUAGUAGAUUUAUUGGAAAAUCCAUUCAAAUUCCAAGGCUUUUCCAUUUUUCUAUGAAACGGAGCCAUCUCAGAUCUUUAUUUUUUCAAAUUUUUCAUGCUAUUUUUUCAAAUUUUCGGUUAUUUUUUCAAUACCCAGUUGAUUUUAUCAAUAGUGAAACCUUCCAAUCGAUUUUUUUAGCAGCAAUCUCUAAAGAAGUUCCAAGAGAGCAACGAAGUUGAGGAACUUAAGAAGAAAUUGGAAUUGGCUGUAUGAAUCCUAGAAAAAAUAAAUCUGAUUAGGAAUUUUAGGAGCAAAAAAAUGAAGAUCCGAAAGUUGAAGAACUUCAAAAACUGUUGCAAGAGCUGAAAGAAGCGAAUUUGGAGCUGGAAGCCUUCAAAUCCGACGCUCAGAAGGUCCUCCUGGCGACUCGAGAACAGUUAGUUCUAAAAAAUGUCACAGUUUUCAGAAUCUUCUCGAUUUCCUGUCCCCUUUUAUUUAUUUUUUCUUGCAUGUCUUCGCUUCUGUGCAUGUCCUUCUAGAUUUUGCAUGUUUUUUCGUGCUUUCCGUUUCUUUUUUUUGACAAUUUUCGGUGGUACGAGUUAAAGAUCAGCGAAUUUUCUGAUUUUUUUCAUAUUUCCACGGGUUUAACGAUUUUUUUUUCAUUAUGACUCGUAUGUUUUGAGUAUCUUUUUAGAAGUUAGACAGUUUGAUCAUGAUGGAAACGCAGAGAAACAGGAAGUUAUUGCGAAAAACCCAUUAAAAAAACCGUAGCAGACCAUUUUCAUAGGUCGCCAUUUUCACACUUUUUUUCUUCAAUAAAGUAAAAAUUACCUCAAAAAUUAAGUUGAAAAGUUUAUUUUUUUUACAAAUUUAUUGUUUGAAAGAAGAUUUAAAAACUAAAACUUUACUUUUUCGAAAUUUUGCAUUUUUUUUUCCAGUUCAUCUCAAGGGGAUACCAGAAAAAAAUUUUUUUUGACGAAUAAAAAAAUCUUCAUUUUUUUACUUCAGAAGAACAAAAAUAAAGCCAAGCUCAUAAAUUUUUUUCAAUUCGAAAUCCCUAGGUGCAAAAUAAGUACAAUUUGGAUAUUUCUCACAAAAAAGGACAGAGAAAACGUUCAAAGGUGAGAGAUCAACAGUGGCUUGAAGAGACGCCAGAGAAAAAAAGAUUUCUCUGCGUCUUUCUAAUCCUAAUACUAUGUUUUUGGGUUUUUCUUGCCUCUCGUCGACACUCUUAUACUGACGUGCUAUUUUCCUUUUUCUCGGGCUUCGCUGGUAAGAGAACAGAGAGACGCAGACACCCGAAAAGUGUGAAUUCGAGGAGAAUGAGCUACUUGAAAGAUUUCGCGUGUCUGCGUCACCCUGUUCCCUCACCGGCGAGGUCACGGAAACGCGAAAAUAGCGCGUCAACAAAAGAGGGUCAUCGAGAGACGAGGAGAGCGCAGAGAAGUCCCGCCCUUUCAAGUCGUGAAAAAACGGACUAUAGCAAUGUGAAAAAAGAAUCGUAAAAUUGGCUGAUCUUUAUUUCGUAGGACCCAGAUUUUUAGAUGCCAAUUGGCGCGGGACAAGUAUGAACAAACCGCGUCCGAUAUGGAGCAGGUGAGCACGGCUGAGUUCGUGCUCAAAGAGGAAGAGACGGUGACGAACGAGCGGUUGGCUCAGGCUCAGAGCUCGUUCGACGCCCGACUGUCCGAGUAUGUUUUCAUGUCGUUGUGUCUGACCGGGGCUGUGUGACGGAAUUCCCGGGGACAAAUAGAUGAGAAUCAGAAGAAGCUGCCAAAAAUGUUCAAAGUAAUGCCGAGUUCAAAAUAGACGUAAAAUAAGGAGAAAGAUUACUGAAAUUUGGAGGUCAGAGAAACUUUUGAAACUGUAACAUGAUAUUGAAGAAAUUCAGCCGCGGCUCAAAAAAGUCUUCGAAGUUAUUGUAAUGAAUAGUCGUUAGAGAAGGAAAAAAAAAAUAAACUAUGAAGAAUUUUGAAUUUCGUGAGAAUUUUCUUGAUAGGAGUUAGUGAAAAACAGCCUCUUCCAAAAAGAUCUUCAAAAAAAAUGAGCCGCGGCUCAAAAAUAAUGACAAAAAAGCCGUAUUUGAAAGGGCUUGAUGCUGCGAAUUGGCCGAGAAAAAAUAGCCGCGUCUUUUUUAGGCUUUUUCGCUCCAUCGACAAUCCAGUAAAAAGAAACUUAUAGGUUGUCAAUAAUAUUGAGAAUUUUUACGGAAAAAAAGUUGUUUAGUCGUAUUCACUGAUAAUUUUUUUCAAUAAGAAAAAUUUUUUUCACGGCUGAAAAAAAUCCGACUUUUAAGGAAUUAUAAUGAUAAGAAAGAAGCUAGGAACAUAAUAAAAUUGGUAAACGAUUAAAUUUAAAACUAAAAAAAUUGAAAAAUUAAGAUUUUUUUUGUGUUUAGGUUUUUGGUGUGUGGCUUUUUGUAAGCUGAUCUUUUUUCCGAGAGGAUAGUGAGAUAAUUUUUUUGAUCUCGAAUCUGAAUUUUUUUAAUUUUUGAGAUUAUUUAUUUAUUUCGAACUUCUUUGUAGUUUUGAUCAUUCAAAGCUUUUUGAUUUUUUUGAAAAAGUUCAGUACUAGAUUAUUUAUUUUUUUAUUCACAAUCAAGAUCAAGAUAACAUGCACAGGAAUCGUUAUAAAAGAAAAAAAGUAGCGGAUAAAAAUGAAUAAAAGAAUAAAAAAAUGAAAUUUUUUUGUUGAUCUUAGCUGAAAAUUUCACUUGUUUUGGCUUUCAUAACGGUUAUUUUAUCCAUUUUUCAAUGAAGUUCUCCAAAACGAAGCUAUUUUCACCUCGGCGAUUCCGUCACCUGCCCUUUUCUGAGAGGUGGUUGUGAUUCUUGCUGAUGACUUGCUCACGUUGCUGCACUGGAAAAGAAUGGUUGCGGAGUUUUUUUUUUUCUUUGCUUCAGCAUGUUGUAUCAUCAUUAUUGUAUCUGCUCUCUUCCAUGCCUUUUUAUAGUUUUCUUGCAGUUCUCCUUUAUCUUUAUUAUCCUUGAAACCACAAAAAAACCCGAAAAAAGCACAAAAAGUGCCAUUAUUAAAAGAAAAAAGGAAGAUAAGAAAACAAAACGGAAAAUCAUUUUUUACUGGUCUUCUGAGCUACAGGACUAAGGGUCAGCUUUUUUUCAAACCAAAAUUACUGAAAUUAAUAAAUUUCAGUCAUUUAGGUCCGACAAUUGAUUUUUUUUCUGACUGUUUUUUUCCGGUUAAAUUUUUUUAGCUUGAAAGCAGUGGCAAAGCAAGUUUUAAGACCUUCCGGCAAUCUUUUUCUAAAUUAAAAAAAUAAUAUGUGUAUAAUUUACAUUAACUUUUGACAACCAUAUCUGCCGAAAUCCAUAUUUUAGCGCCUAUUCAAAGAUCUUGGCUUGAAAAUCAGCUUUUUUCAAAUCUGAAGGAAAGCUGUUGUACACUAAGAAUAACUGACGAGAUAAACGCGAGCUCGGUGGCGGUACAUUGACUAACUCGCAAAAAUGUCGCUUUUUUCUAGGCGCGAUCUCGCAUUUAUCUCGGCGCGAAUUCGCAUUUUUCUUGGCGCCAUAUCGCAUUUAUCUCGCAUUUCGGAAAUUUUCAAAUUGCGAGAGAAAUGCGAGCUCGCGCCUAGCAAAAUGCGAGCUCGCGCCCAGAAAAAUGCGAAACCGGCGCGAGAAAAAAAGCGAGAUGUUUGCGAGCUCGUCAAUGUACCGCCAGUGUCUCGCGUUUAUCUUGGCAGUUAUUCUUAGUGUAGACAGGAGUUAGGUUUUUUUUUUCAAUUUUUAGGUUUUUGAAAGAUAUUCAAUCAAAAUUUUUCUUAAACAAGCUCAUUUAACCGAAGUUUUUCAGUGAAUUCGGCAAGGAAAAAAUUCAAAUCUAAAAAAGUCACACGGAAAGAUGACGUUACUUUAAUUUAUCACUCAAAAAAACUCCUAAAAAAAAAAAAAAGUUAAAAAGUUAGUCGGACGGUCAUAAAUUUCAUAACUUUUUUUAAAAAAACUCAGAAUUGAAUUUUCUUGAAAUUAGAAUUUUGUACUUGAAAAAAAGUAUUUUUUUACAUGUUCAAAAAGAACUUACUUUUUUCCCCACCCAACUUUCCUCCAAAAGUAAAUCCAACAGGAGUAAAUUUUAUAACUCAAACAAAAAAAGAAAAAGGAAAAAUGAUUUCUUAAAAAAAUUGAAUUUUGAGCUUGAAAAAAAUAUAAUAUACGUUCAGAAGAACUUACUUUCCUUCCAACCAAACUCUCCUUCAAAGUAAAUUCACCAACAUUAAAUUUUAGAACUUCAAGGAAAAAGGAAAUUUAAAAAGAUCUUUUCAAAGUUAAAUUUAGAGCUUGAAAAAAUAUUUUAUACGUUCCGAAGAACUUUCUUUUAUCCCCACCAAACUCUCUUCCAAACUAAAUUCGGCGGCAGUGCAAAAAAAUAAUUAGUUUUGGCGCCACGCAUGUUGAAAAAAGAAAGAUUUACUGAAAGAGAGGCUCUCUUCUUUUUCUUCUUCUUUUUUUUCCCCGCCUGCCCAUCCACCCUUUUUGCUCUCUUAAUGAAUCAUUAUAGACGGCCGCCGCGUGCUUUUCCCCCCGUUCUCCAACACAAAAAUCCUAACUGGGAAAUGUAAUCCGUCCGCAUUAUUUACACCACCAAUCCAACCCCACUACCACCAGUGUUUGAUCGAUUUCUUGGAUUUUUGAAGGUUUUAGGGACUUUUAGGAGCUUUAGAAGCUUUUAGGAGGUUUCAGGAGCUUUAGGAAGGUUUUAGGAGCUUUUAGGAGCGUUUUGAAGUUUUUAGGAGCUUUUAGGAUGUUCUAGGAGCUUUUAGAAACUUUUAGAAGCUUUUAGAAGCUUUCAGAAGCUUUUAGGAGCUUUUAGGAGGUUUCAAAAGUUUCUAGGAACUUUUGGAGCUUUUAGGAGCUUAUAGGAGCUUUUAGGAGCUUAUAGAAGCUUUUAGGAGCUUUUAGGAGCUUUAGGAGUUUUGAUUUUAGAGCUUUUGAAGCAAAAUUAAAGAAGAAUCUUGUUUUUUCAGAAAAUACAGCACUCUUAAAAAUUUUUGAAUAUCUUAAAAAUGUCUGAAUAUUUUUUCGAGCUAAUUUUUUUGAUUUGGAAGCUCAUAAGUGACCUCUAGAGAUCUUCGAAGGCUUGAAUCCAUUUUUUCAAAAUUUAGUUUGAUAAUAAUAUAUUGUAUAGCUCAAGGAAUGAAUUGAAAUUCAAAAAUAAUCUCCUUUUGUUCUACAAAAAUGCUCUUUUCCCUUUCCUUUGCUCAAAAUAAUGCGUUUUUUUUGCGAUUUUUCCCUUUAUUAGCAGCCAUUAUAGAACAUCACCCCCUCCCAUUCAAUCCUAUUUUUCCAACUUCUCAAUUUUUUUGACUUCAAAAUGAAUUUUUCCAGGUUCGAGAGCGAAAUUGGACGUCUGAAGAGCGAAAGCGAAGGCCUGGCCGUGAUUUUGGAAGAAGAAAGGGCGAAAUUUUCGGAUUUGACGCGAGAACGCGAUGCUAUGCAGGUGGGAAUGAUCGAAAUGGCUUCAAGUUCUCGGAUUUUCAGGAAGAAUUGGAGAAGGGCAAGGAGCUUGCAACGCGAUACGAUCAGCUGCGCGAGGAACUCCAGGUUUCAGAGAUUUUAAAGGCGCAUGUAAUAUGUGUGAUACGCAGGAAGCGAAACGAAUGCGUGAUGAGGUCGAGCAACGGCUAUCUGAUGUCACUAACCAGGCCGAACGGCUCCGGAACGAGCUUGAUGGUGAGAAAAAUGGGGAUUUAUGGGGUGCCGAAGCUUGAAAAUAAAGGAGUUGUUGAAAAACAAAAAUCAAGAAUUUCUACUUAAUACACUGUCUUUGUAAUUCUCAAUUCAACGGGAACAAAAAAAAAUUUUUGAUUUUGAUGAAAUUUAAUAAAGUGACGUCAGAACGGCCACAACUUUUUGAGCCAUUUCCUUCGGGUUACGGUAGUCAGGGAUGUCACCUGCGUAUCUAAGAAUGGACGAGGUUUUCAUAGGCAAGUUGUAUAAUAAUCGAUAGGUAAUGCAAUUAUAGAAGUUUUUUCAGUACAUACCAUCUUGGGUUACUGUAGAAAUUUUCGUGAUAAGGUACUUAUUGUGUUCUCAACUUUGGUUUUUUGGUCACCCUGUUCAAAAGAAUCAUUUUUAAUUCCAUGGAUCAAUUUUUUGUUCAGAGGACCGCAAGAAACAUGAGGAGGAGAAGUUGCAAUCGCAAGACGAAGUUUCAGAAGUGUCCACAAGUGUCAGUGAACUUUUACUAGAAAAUAAAUAAAAAGAGAACUUUCAGGAAACCCGAAGCGACGCCGUCGAGCUGCUGGAAGGCCUUACGAUCGAACUGACAAAUGUCCGAGAGGAGAAAGAAGCCCUCCAACGGCAACUUCUGGAGGAACGGGAACGGGCUCGCCUCGUCAGCCAGCAAAACUCGGAGAUUUCCCUCCAAUCUGAAGAAUUGCCCUCGGCUGAGCUGGCACAGAAACUCGCGCAGUUGGAAAGAGAAACCCAGCAGCUGAUAGAGCAGAUUACCGUUUCAAAGAAGGAAAAGUCCGACUUUGACGAGAAGGAGAGGAGUUUGAAUGAGAAGGUUUGUGGAGGGGGAUUGCUGCAACUUUGAAUUCAGAUUAGAAAUUUUAAAAGACAACAUUUCUACCCCGAAGUUUCAUGAAAAAAAUUCAAUUCGGGGGGGGUUUCAGAAAUUCAUAGAAAUAAAAAGUUUUUUUGAAAAAUCCUCUCUUAGCUGAAAAAAACCUCGCAAAAAUAACUUCCCGGACCUAAAAUAUCACAAAAAAAUGGUUUUUUUAUCUUGAGACCUCUAUAAAAUUUAAUUUACGGAAAAAUUUCGGCAAGGUAAUUUUUGAGAAAAACGACCUUUAAAAAGAGGAUUAUCUAUUGGAAAGCUGCUUGGUACUUAUUUGAAUGAAGGCUGAAAAAUGUUAAAGAUCUUAUUUUGAAAGUGAAUAAUCUAAUUAUAUAGCUACAUUUUAAUUUUUUGGCUUCCCUUUUAGCAUUGAAAUUGAGAAUGAAGCUUGAAAAAAAUGAAUUUUCAAUGUUGCUUCAUAUUAAGUUCUUCACUUCAAAAGUUUAGAAGAGAAUUUUUGAAAAAUCUGACGUUUUUUUAAUCGAUAAUAGCUGUCUGCUUUCAUAAAUAUUUCGAAAUUUGUACUCUGAGCUGAAAAAUCGAAAUUAUCUCUGACUCUCCAAAAAUUUAGUUAUAUUUUUCCAUUCUCUGACGGCUAUUUUGAGCUUUGAGCAAAGUCCUUUUUACACGGCAAGCGUAUCAAAAAACAGAAUAAAUAUAAAAUCAGCCAGAAACAAGAUUUAGAAAAAAUCUAAGUUAAAAUUCAAUAGAUAAGAUUUACAUUACUUUAACGAUAAAGUUUACAUGAGUUAAGAAAAAUUUCCCAUUUCAGAUCCAAGAACUGAAAAACGAGGUUGAAACGAAACAACAGGAAAUCUUGAAAAUCGAAGAAAAUGCAGUUUCUUCCAUUCAGCAUGCAAGGACUGUUGCUGAGGAACAGGUAGGACCUGAAAAAAUUAAUUUUCUUAGAGUUUUUUUUUGUAGAUCAACGUGUUGAAUGUAAGAAUCGAGGAGUUGACUGGAAGUUUGGCGGAAAAAAAGACGGAGAAGAAAAAUAAAUUGAAGGAAGAACUUGAGAAAAAUGCGACUGUCAUUGGAGGAGAAGGAUGA